GCUUUUUAGCCCAGCGCCGCCGAAUAAAAGCUCCCCGCCCCUCGCCCUCAGUUUCUCGUGAUGGUUUGCUUCCGCUCGCCCGCUCGCGUCGCUGCUGGGGCUGCGUGAUCCCUGUCGACAGACCUCGCGUGCUGCGCAGCGUAGAAUCCGAAGUUGUGAAGGUGAGCGUCGCGGUGGGAGCUUCGGAGCUGAGAAUACGAGAAACGCAGGAUUUUCGAUUUUGAAGUUUGUGCAUUCGAGGUUGGUUGCAAGGCUGGCGGUGAACAACGACAUCCUCGUCGACCUUUGAAAAGAGGAACUAACAGUUGGGUUUCGUGGAGCAGUCGAUUCAAAAGAAGGUGGAUCUGAUGCAUGUGAACGUCGUACGAGUGAAACUGUAAGCCUCAGCCUUUCAAUGAGCUGAGUUCAGACCUAGUUUAAGCUCACUGGAAGUAACUGCGAUUAGGAUUUUUCGAGCAAAGACUAGGACUCUUUGGUGCGGAGAAGAAGAUGACCUUGCAGCAGUUGCGCGGUGUGCGUCUGAGGCGUUGUCAGCAUGAUGACCACUUGAGUUUACAGGCUUCUCAAGAAUUUAGCCCCCAUUACGAAUUGGUGAAUGAUGUACACCAGACGGAACAAAACAGUGAACGUAAACAGCUGAGAUUCUGGAGAGCAGCAUCAUUGGAUGAAAGGAUCGGUUGGCUUAGUGCAGCAAUUGCUGCUGUCGACGAUUUACGAUGGUCGAAGCACAUGUGCGUGCCCAAGGGUGAUCGGACUGUAAUGGAAACCGUUGUCAAUGUCGCAACAUCCAUGCCAUUCAUUCUUGUUGGACUUCAGACUCCGAGGCAAAAGUUUGCCAAUCGAAUGUUUGGGAAUUCAAUCAUUGGAGUCGGCAUUGCAUCAAGCUUAUACCAUUCAUCUCGUGGAGAUGCACGAAAGAUUCUUCGGUUCUGCGACUAUGCUAUGAUUGCUACCUCAACUCUGUGCUUGUCGUCGGCUCUACGGUCAGAGAAGGAUAACCCCAAGGGCUUAGUGAUGGCAUCAGCUUUAAUGAUCCCCUUUCAGCCAAUGCUUGUGACCGCUGUGCAUACUGGCUUGAUGGAGGCUCAUUUUGCUGUGAAGACGCGGAAUGAUCCCAAGCUUCGAAAAGCACACAACAUGCACACCAUGUCGUCCCUAUUGGGAGGUGCGCUGUUCGCCGGUAACCAUUUUUUCGCGAACACUCCUUAUGUUCACGCUGCUUGGCAUCUCGCAGCUGCAGUGAGCGUGGCAACACUCGGAUCUAUGCUGCAAGAUUCUCAAUGACCUCUCCUCAUCAGUUAGAGUGAAACUUUUAUGAUCAUAGUGAGGAUAAUGCCUGAAUAUUUCUUUAUUUAUGGAGACCACAAUUGUGGGCACGCACAUCAACCUCCCGUGCUCCAACCCUUCUGUUUUUCUUGUUUUACUCAAAACAUGCUUAUUUGCUUUGUGCAAUCAAUCAGUCGAAAUUACAUGGACAAGGGGAUAGACAGCUCGCCUUUCCCCGAGUAGAGUAGUAUUACCUCAUGCCCAACACGCGGGAUUAGUUAGCGACGUAUACAAAGCGUAGCAUCUAGCGACCCAUUCAGCGAUUGCUGUGGCGAAUUUCUCUGCUGCGAGAUACGGAACCUCUAAACAUGUGAAUCGAACCACAUGGAAGUAUGAUAAUCAAUAUAUUUUGAACAAUCGGCAGUCUCCCAAGGUGUGUAUUGUUUUCCAAUGGUUCAUGACGACUGUGCACCGUGACAUUCAAGCAACACAUUGUACACAGUAGAGCUUCCACAAACCAAUGGUUACGUGAUGAAUUAUCAUAACAAUCAGCAUCCUUCAACACUGCAAUCGAAAAUCACUGAGGCAAAUCCUCAUCAGCUUUUGCAGCAGCUUGCAAAUGGUUCCACAGCUGCCGCAACUUGUACACAAAUAGCGAACAACCAUAAAAACCAGCAUUGAGGAGUCAAUGUUGGAAUUUGACUCAUGUGCAAAAGCACCAAAUGAGCAAGAACUACUUCAAUUUAAUCCAGGGUUCAAACCCAUCAUCGGUCCAA